CAUAUACAAACGCGUAGCUCUUAUUUGUUUACGAGUCCUGUAGUUGUCAAUAGCAACGCUACGUAUAGUAAGGAAGUUAAACAUUGUUACAAUCGCAAUAAGAUGGAAGAACUUCAAAAAGUUGGUGUGUUUAUAGAUGAAAUUUACACGGUCCGAGUUGAGCAUCCAAACAUCUCCAGUAGCAAAGUAAUGUUUAAGGAAGAAUGCUUUAAUUACAUCAAAGCAUUCAGUAUUUUUAAAAAGUUUGUGUUUGAUUAUUGUAAUAUAUCUGAAACGUUUGCCAAAGAUGUCGAUAAGGAAAAACUGCGCGCUAUUGGUACUCAAAAUCAAUUAAAAACGGCAUUUAUUCAGCGCCAGAAUCAGCAGCAAGUCUAUCAAUAUGAGAUAUUUGAGCAAACAGUAGAACUUGAACGCUUAAAAGGCGAAUUACAGUUUUUACAGCGAAUUGAAACUGAGCAACAUGAAAUAAUAAACAAUUUUUUUGUCAAUCAAUAUUAA